UUCGUCUUCGAAGCACUUCAAAAUGCGGAGGACAGCGGUAGAGCAGAUCGCUUUGCUUCGAUCUUGGACCUCCGCUCUCAUGCUGCAGAUCGGGUGAGACCUCAAGGUCAGAAGUGGCGACAGCGGCUUAAUGGGCCUGCUUUCAUCUUUUGGGACAACGGCGGCUUUCAGGAAGACGACUGGAAGAGCCUGCAGAACAUGUAUGAUUCGGAGAAAAAGCAUCGUCCGAGCAAGGUCGGGAAGUACGGCAUGGGAUCCAGAUCUUUCUUCCACAUGGGUGACAUGAUUCAGAUUGUAUCUGGGACGAAGUAUGCGAUACUGGACCCUGACAAUCGGUUGCGGGGAGGGCAUGGCGAAAGGACCGACUUCUUGCGGAAGGACUUCGAUCACAAGUCAUUGCUGGACGCAUUCCCGGAUGAAUGUUCGCCGUUCGUGGGACUGUUUGGGUGUACCAUGGACGUGCCGUUCAAAGGAACUCUCAUACGAGUCCCCUUCCGACUCGAAGAGUUCGCUCACUUCUCGAGCUUCAUGCCGAAGGUGUUCUCUGUUUCGCGAGCCAGGAGCGUCUUCUCCGACUUUAAGAACGAGCUAUCGAACGGGGACCUGAUGCUGUUUCUUUCCAACAUACGUACGAUCGAGAUCUUCGAGUGGGAGGAUGGUCAAAGCAGCUAUGAGAAGAUUGUCAGCGUGACACUUUCUCCGAUCUCAACGCAAGACCCUCCUAACGACAUGCAAAAUCUCCGCUGCUUCCUUGAGGACUUCGAGGCUGUGGCAGAUUUGCAUGCGGGUCUUGCCGAAGCUCUACCCGCAAGCAGCGCAGAAUCACAGGUGCCACAUGUUCAUGAUCUUGUACAUGUGGAGGUGAACGAGGCUGGCGAAGUCGUGAAGAACAAAUGGAUGCGGUACGGCGCAUUUUUUGACCCAUCAAAGCCUUUUGGAGGGGAGCUGCGCGAGGAGUGCUCUGAGGUUCCGUUUGUGUGCUUGGCCCUGCCUUUACUUGGUGACAGACUACGAGGACGUGCUUGGACCUAUCUGCCGCUGCCAGUUGAGACUGGGCUUCCUGUGCAUAUGCACGCAGGGUUUUGCCUUACAAACAAUCGCCGGGACUUCUGGCGGAACUCGCCUGGUCUCGAUGCUGAGCAUGAGAGCUGGGCCAGAUGGAACGACUAUAUACUUCAGAGCGUGAUGCCGGAGCUGUAUGCCAAGAGCAUCGAAUGGCUGAUGUCUGGUCCACCCGAAGACUUCGACCAUAGCCAUAACAUGCUCCCGGCCGAUGUAUUUCAACUUUGGCCCGACUUGGGGAGCACCAAGGACGUCGUCAAGCAAAGCGUGGAACACUUUGCUCAGUCCUGCUCCAAGCGGCCCGUUCUGCUGGAUGCUGCGGAUGAGCCGGUGUCUCCAUCAGAGGCUUCACUCAUGGACCUCCCGACUGAGCCUUUGCAGCGUCAGAAGCAUGAACUGCAGAAAUGGUGUCGGAAACUGGAGUACCAAGUGGUCGAUCCGCCUUCGCACAUCAGAGGCCUCCUCGAGCAUCACAGCAUCAUUUCCGCACAUGGAUGCAGGUGGCUGCUAGAUCUUGUUGUGCAGACUCUACGAGAACCAUCCAUCGAAACUCCGGAACUACCGCGGUUCUUGUUGGCCUUGUUGCACUGGGCCCGCUCCUCCAUGAGCCAGAUGGAGUUGAACGACUUGAAGUCGCAGCUGGUCAGCAUCUCGUGGAUCCCCGUUGGCUUCUCCGAGCAAGAGAUCUCCAAUCUGCUGCCACUGGGGGAGGCCUUCGAUCCGAAGGCUCAGCUCUCCCAUUUCAGGACGGUUGCAAGCAAGCAGGCGCAGCUGAACGAGACCCUGAGCACAUUCACGGCACAGGAGGUUGAAGACAUCUUCCACAUGCUUCGUCGAUGCGGCUUAAAAUCUCAGCUUACUUGGGAGGAUGUUGUGUUAGAGGCAAAGGAUGUGGCGAGCCGCAAGUGCCUCGAAACGUCGCGAGCUCUGUACAAGUAUCUGAGUGAGAACAGCGCAAACAUUUCCGGUGACAAGGGAGCAGCCCUUAAACAACUUCCACACAUCAAGUGGGUCGAAGCGGCAAUCCGAGAAGAUCCGGGGCGUGGGGACAAGGCAGCCUCGAUGUCCUUGGAGGUUUCGGCUCACCGCACUGUGGAAGAAGAGCCGGAGGUCUGGAUUGAGCAGCUGAUUAAGCUGACAGGCUCAGCUCCCUUCUCUCGGCACACUUUGUCCCAGAGCGACCAAUCGUGCAAGCCUCAGCCAAUCCCGCUUUCACGUAGCUCAGCGGGAGUCGUGUCGACAGAAGCACCCACGCGGCUGAGGGUCCAGUUUCCUCGGGUAGCUUCGGAGAUGCUGGCCAAGCACAUGGACACGGUCUUUAGAGCGCUGCAGCACAUGGACGGCAGUGUUCUGCGUGGCCUGGGCGAGCGUCUCAGGGCCUGGGACGUCCUUUGGCCAUGCGAGUCUACGGGAGAUGGGGAGUGCUACUUGUUCCCAUGGAUGCACACGGCGCUGGAUCCGAAGCAGAACAGCAGCCUCCUCUGCCCCGUUGCGGGCAAGAUCCGAGGCCGUGCCGCAAGAGAGGUGGCACGGAUUCUGGGAGCACCGAAGGUACCAAAUCCAAACGUUCUGCUGAAGUUCCUCCCAGACGUGGACAUGGCCAAGGCUUGCUCACUUUGUGAGGAGCUUGCGCAACAAGCCUCCGCCGGCGAGGAGUGGCUGUGCCGUGCACUGGUCCCUACGAAGUCCGGCAAGGUUAUCCCAUCGCGGGACGUCUCCAUCGACGAUGCUUCUGGGAGCUCGGGGGGAACUGGGGAUACCAUAAAGGAUGGUGCAGCAUUUUCGAGUGACUUCAGAUGCUGGUCGCAGUCUGGGGUGCGCGUCAUUGCGGGAGAAGUUGGCGCAGUGCCUUGGAAGCUGAGAGAGCUGGUGAUCAUGCAGAAGUGUAGGAACUCCGACGAUUUCGGGGCCAAGGAGCUCCAUUUCUUCUUCGAUACCACGGAGUACGGUCAUGCACAGAUUGUGGACAGCCGGUGCAGCGGCUUGCAAGGUCCUGCCUUGUACAUCUGCUCGGACAAACCACUGGCGCCAGAAGACAUCCGACGGAUGCAACAAGUUGGCAAGUCGCAGAAGCGUCACGACUUCUUAUCUUCCGGCCGCUUUGGCGUUGGAAUGAAUGUCAUGUACCGCUACUCAGACUGUCCGACGUUGUUGGCGGAUGGGCAGCUGCAUUUCUUUGAUCUCAUGAGAAGCUUUGUGGCACGAGAUGGGCAGAAGCGUGGCAAGGUUUUUGGCGUUCAGGAUGUGAAGGAGCAUUUCCCAGACACCUGGGCUCCCUUCGAUCAUCAUGGCAGAUGUUUUCCGGUGGUAUUCCGCCUUGCCCUCCGCAAGAACUGCUCAGAAUUAGCAGGGGCAGUCGGUGACGACGAUGUAAGAGAUGAGAUGAUGAGGGUGAUGCGCUCGCAUGGUGCUGGGAUGCUUCUGUUCUGCAAGUCCUUGGAGGUCCUGACCUUUCAAGAUUUGCAGUCAGGACAGAGUUUUCGUCACCAUGUGGAAUUCCCGGAGCCCAACCACAAGGAGGCACAAAUCUCCUUUUUCCGCAGUUUAGGGCCAGUGGUUCUGCAGACCAACUCCCUCGAUGAAGAUUUGCAGCUAGCAAUGCGGAAGCACAUUGUGUCCAGCAGCGGUGCCGGCAGAAGUGUACAGGAUUGGGCCAUUGUACACAGGGUGGCAGGGUCAGACAACGAGCUGCGCUUGCUCGCUCAAGAGUUCUACAGCCAGAGCCAAGGAUUCGCUGUUCUGCCUUAUGCUGCUGCAGCAGUGCGGAUGGAUGGGAGCACCCAGAGGCACGAAAACGGGUACAUCUGCUGUGGCUUGCCCACUCCCGAGCAGACAGGGUCACCAGCCUGGAUCAAUGGAAGCUUCAUAUUUACAUCAUCUCGGAAGCACUUCCCUCUGCCCAGCGGUGGCGAGCGUGGACCGGAGCAGCGAUGGAACCUGAAGCUGCUGCAGGGCCCGGCUGCUUGGUGUCUGAAGGAGCUUCUUUUGAUCCGCAAGGAGCUUGUCAGAACAGAGGCAGACUUGGAGGCCACGUAUUUCAAGUUUUUCCCUGCGCCAGACACAAGCACUUCGAAGACCCAUGUUCCCUCAGUCCUGGCUGAGUCUGCGCUGCGGUACGGAUGGCGUGAGGAGAUCUUUCCAGUGGUUUUCUUCAGCGAGAUGUCGCAGACAGCAGUGAGGUGGGUUCGUGGCCCCAACAUGGUUCUGACUUCAGAGCAGCUCCGUCCGGAGCUGCAGGCAUGCUUAGCAAGUGACGGGCUGCCGAUCGUGCACUUGCCAUCUAAUGUGCGGAAGCUUGUCAAUGGUCACUCGCAGAGUCUUUCCACGGCCCAUCUCUGUAGGUUUCUGAGUGACUUGUGGCAUGAGAAGGGCCAUCAGUCCAGGACAAGCCUCAAUGCAACAAACACUUGGAGCCUGCAGGAUAAAGCUCAGAUUUUGGAGCUGCUCGCUUUUGUACACCGUGGAGACUGGCAUGAACGGGUUGCUCGGGGACAGAUCCCCAGUGUGCAUACAUGUGAUCACUUGCAGAAUGUGCCUCUGCUCCUCCAUGCAGAUGAGAGCCUCUGCAUGUUCGGGACACCUGCCUUCACAACGGGUUCUGCACUUCUGCGCCGAUGCAAGCACCUUUUCGUCCACCGCGAUAUUUGGAGAGUCCUGCAGGACAUUCCGCUGCAUGCGCCGGAUGUUGACACCAGGGUGAAGAUCGCACCGUGGGGCCUGCGCGAUCUGAAGAUAUCAGAUCUUCAAGAGUACCGUGCAGAGCUCGAAGCAGAUGUUGCGACGCAGCCAGAGUGGAGUCAGAAUCAAUUGCUCAAGGAGCUGUGGAAGCAAGUUUGUACUGAAGCUAAGACUGCGUGCCACCAAGCAGCCCUGCAAGCGGUCUGGGAUUGGAAGAUCUUACCAAUAACAGGACACGGAGGGCCCCAGAUCACAAGCUUGGGCAGCAGUGCGGAAGUGACCCUUUGGCCUAGCCCUGAUUUUCAGAUGGUUGUCGGAGCUUGCAUGUGCUGCAGGCUCGGCUUCCUACAGGUUGAGUUCGCAAAAGCAGGAGACAUGGGCUCGCUGGUCCAGCGACACAUUGUUUCCAAGCCCAUCGAGCUCUUGCAGCUUCUUGUGAGACUGCAAGAGAACGCGGAGCUAGAGGACUUGACUGGAAGUCAGCGGCACGAGCUGCUCACAUUUCUUGCUGUGCUUUGUAUCACGACGCCAGUCCGAGAGCUAGCGCGAAAGUUGCCACUCUUCAAGCUGGCUUUGGCCGGACGACCUUCCUUUACGGCUCUUUUCGAUGACGCCACCCACUACUGCUGCAUUCAGCCCUGCAGUCCAGGCAUAGGUUCAGCAGAAGAUGUGGCCGGCCAAAUGACUUGUACGACCUUGCUGGCAUGGCCGACCGAACAAGUGGAGCCAAUCUACAAGAAGUGUGGAGUGUCGCUCUACACUGCCGAAUGCUAUGUCCUGGAACGUGUUCUCCCAUCGCUGGGUCAUCUGGUCUCUGGGCCGUGUUCAGAGCAAGCGUGGGAUGUCCUGAACACAUUCAUUGUGCAAGAGUCCUCGACCAACAUCACCGAGAAGUGCAAAUCUUGUGCUUUCGUUCGCAAUAGGUCAGGACACAUCAUGAGGCCGAAGGACGUCUUGGAUUGGGAACAGUUGCCAAUUGCACGAUGCUUCGAAGCUGUCCUUCACGACCACAUGGCCGCCAGCGACAUUCAGGAAGACAUCCGGAAGGCUGAGGUCAUCAAAACGCUUGGCCUGAAGCUUUCGCCUGGGGCCCGCGUGCUACGCGUCUGCGCCCGACACCUACAAGAGCUGGCUGAGGGACAGAUCAACGACAGAGUCCAGGAGAUGUCAUGCCAUCUUGUGGAAGCUCUGUGCCAAGCUAUGUCUGCAGAGCUACGGAAUCCCACCGACCAGCAGUCAGACCUGGCAGAACUGGUCGAAAUCGCAAGAAUGAAGAUUCUGGUCGUGCGCACGUUGCGGGCUGAAGGUCAAAUACAGCAGCAACGCCAGCUUCUGCUGGAGCAAGACAGGAUGUCUUGGACAGAGGGAACGUGCAUUGAGCUGCAAAGCUUUGCUGACACUUCUUUUCUUGACACACAGGCUCAGUUGUGGAGUGUGCGGCCAGCGGCGUGCCACAGCGGGCGGCAGUUGGACCAUUUGAUGACCUACCAUGCAGACUGGAUGUUCGAACACUUGAGAGCUUUCGUGAAGGAGCAUCACCUCCCUGCAAGUCUCGUGGUCCAGCACAUGCGUAACUUGUGUCCACUCGGAUCAGCAGAUGACGAGUACAUCGUGAGUGGCUGCAGCGCCAUGUGGAGCCAGCUGCGUACAUGCAGGGCUCUCGUUUCCAGGAAGCUACAGGAAGCUGGCGAGAUGGACUUGGAACCAUUGAAGGAGGUGCACUGUGUCACUGUGGAGUUUCAGGAUGCUGCGAACCUUCCGGACAAGCAAACUUUCUACCUGGCGCGGCCAAGGAGCACCUUCUUCUUCUCCUCUGGUGACUUCAAGCAUUGGCAGUUCGACCGGUUCUUCCACAAGGCCGUUCAGGACUUCAAGGACCUGUAUACUGCUCUAGGAGUUCGGGAGGAUCCAGAUUGGCAAGACUUUGUGCUUGUGACCAAGAAAGUCGCUGAGCAGCAGCGCACAUUGUCUUUGUGGUUCCACGACAGGCUCAUGGCGGCAUGCUUGCGAGGUUGGUAUAAACGCUUGCCAGCUCAUGUCAACACAGCGGUGAUGCACGAGCUGCACGUGCCCAGUCGUGACCAUCGAGACAAAGUUCGCUUGCUUCCCGCAGCAGUACUUUGUUGGGCCGAUUUGUCCGAGUGGCUGCCAAGAUGUGCGCAUGCCGAUUUUGACUUCUGCUGCACAAAGCUUCUGGAAGAGUGUGCUUGGCCACGCCGGCACGCUGAUAAAAUUGCCGAGAUGUCUACAUGUGCUCACCGUGAGAUUCUGGAAGCUUUGACGAAGCAUGCCGGACUGAAGCGACUGUCAGAUCUCGUGGUAGAAGUAUUGUCGCCCGACGAGUAUUCGGCUGGCGACAGCCCGGACACCAAGGCGCACUUCGAGCAAUUCCUGAGGUCUGAGCCAUUCCUGGCGGCAUUGAAGGCGAUCUGGCGACAUCACAAGGAUGAGCCUCCGGCAGAAUGCGACAACUUCCUGGCAAAGGUCACAGACAGCUUAAGCAGGUUGCAAGUUUUGGCAGUGACGCCACUUAUUGUAACAGAGCUGGCUCAUGCUCAUUCGGAAGGGCCGCAAGUUAUUCCGGGAAGCCGACAAGAGCUGGUAGCCUUCUUUGACACACGGCAGCACAGUCUGACAAUAAGCGAAGAAGCUUACAGAACGGCGCAUGAUGCGAGGACGCGUAAAUGCCUGAUGCGUGCAAUUGAAAGAGCCAUUGGUCUAGCGGAGCUCACGACGAUGAUGUGGGGAGAUGUUGCAUUGAAAAAUGUAACAACGUGCUCGAUCGAUGGAGGAGUAGCAAAACUUCCCAGCGCACUAUACAAUGCAGGGAUUCUAGCCGACCUUCCUUCGGAUGAUUCCAGUUUGCGACCAGGCAGCGAGCUGCCGGACGAAGUCCACGACGAGCUUGUUCAAUCGAUGAGUCGGGGCUUUGAAAAUCACGCCCACGUGGCUGUUCUCAUUGAUGGCAAGUAUUACCUGGGCGUCGUUCAGGAAUGGCAUGAUUCCGGGAACUCACAAGCUGAGUCGUUGUCUCGCUUGUACAAGGUCAUGUUGCGAGAGACUGACGUGCGCACCGUGCGAUACAUGGACAUGUUCAACCUCAAGGGCCGCGGUGUGCCCCAAGCAACAGUGCGUCUUGCUGCCGAGCAGGCAGCCGCCGGAUCUGCUCAAGAUACUUCAGCACCAGAAGCGGUCCAUACACAGGCACGUCAACUGGAGGAGGUGAAGCAUCAACUUCGGGAAAUGAAGCGUUUGAGCAGAGCCGACUACCGGAAUGUCAUGCGAAGGUUGUAUUUGACAUGGCACCCGGACAGGGCAGGGAACACGCACUUUGCCAGCAUGAUGUUCAGAAUGAUCAGGAGGCAUAGUGAUUGGUUCCAAGACGGCCAACCCGGAGAUGAUGAGUGGCUUGACGAGUACACAGUGGGUCACGAAGAAUUGCGUGAACCAGCCCCGGCACGAGAGGAUCACCGAAGUGGCAGCGAGAACGGACGUCACGCGUCGCGCCGGGGAUCCUCGCAGGCCUCCUGGUUUGACGAAUUCGAGGAUGAGCGUGCUCGCAGACGCGAGCGCCCUUUGAGCGCACUCUUGUCUUUGCCAUUCGUAUCCGUUCCCUCCCUGAACCCCAGGCUCUGGACCCUGAUUCCUACCUCCCAACAACCCUUAAUUCCUAAUUGUCGGGGGCUUCUGGAGCAUCUGAGGAAUGCAAGUCUCGGCCGCCGGCCCGGCAAGGCGCCCCUCCGAGUUCAUCCCUCAGGCUUCGUGGUCGCCUGA